AUGGUUUCUUUUUCUGGUUUAUUAAGCACUGGUUUGUUAUUAUCCGGGCGGAGUGUUUUUCAAGACAUUGCUACUCCAGAACAAGCAUCCACGGAUUCUAAUAACAUUUUCCGCUAUCUUGGUGGAUCGGCUCCAUAUAUCCAAAGACAAGGUUAUGGUAUUUCCACUGAUAUUCCAGAAGGUUGUACCCUUGAACAAGUCCAACUUUACAGUAGACAUGUUGAAAGGUUUCCAACUGUUAAUGGUGGAAAAGUUUUAGAGUUGAUAUAUGAGAAGCUCCAGAACUAUAAUCAAACAUUUAAUGGUGAUUUGUCCUUUUUGAAUAAUGGGUAUACUUAUUUUGUUGAAGAUAGUUCUUAUUAUGCUCUUAGUACUUCCCCACAGAAUUCUAAAAGUACCUUUGCAGGUACAACUAAUGCUUUGAGACAUGGUGCUACAUUCAGGUCCAGAUAUGGAACAUUGUAUCAUACCAAUUCAACAUUGCCGUUCUUUUCAUCCAAUUCUGCUAGAGUUUUGGAAACUGCAAGAUAUUUUGCUAGAGGAUUCUUAGGUGAUGAGUUUGAUGAGAGUAAUACUGUUAAAUUCAAUGUUAUCUCUGAAGGUAAAGAAUCUGGUAUCAACACUUUAACACCAAGACGUGGAUGUCCAAAAUAUGACGAUUCGGUUUUUGAAUACAUUUCUGACAGAUACAACACAUCAUACUUGAAUGGAAUUGCUGAGAGAUUGGAAAAACAGAAUCCAGGUUUAAACUUAACUGCUUCAGAUGCUUAUAGUUUAUUUGAUUGGUGUGCCUAUGAAAUCAAUGUUCGUGGUAGCAGUCCGUUUUGUAAUAUUUUCACCAAUAAAGAGUUACUUCAAUUUUCAUACGGAGAUGAUUUGGAAAAAUACUAUACUGAUGGUCCAGGAAAUCCACAGAAUAAAUUUGUUGGUGGUAUCCUAGUUAAUGCAUCAUUGGAAUUAUUGAAAGACAACACUAACUCCAAUAAAAUUUGGUUGUCAUUCGCUCAUAGCGUUGACUUGGCUGUUUAUCUUGCUGCUUUAGGAUUGUUUGAUAUCAAUGAAGAUUUACCAACUGAUUAUAUCCCAUUUCCAAAUCCAUACUCUCAUGCUUCUAUUGCUCCCCAAGGUGCAAGAAUCUAUACCGAAAAAUAUCAAUGCAAUAAUGAAUCGUAUGUCAGAUAUUUAGUUAAUGAUGCCGUUGUUCCAAUAUCUAAAUGUGCUGAUGGUCCAGGGUUCUCGUGUAAGUUGGAUGAUUUUGAAGAUUACGUCAAUGAUAGAAUUGGUGGGUUUAAUUUCACAGAAGUAUGUGGAUUAAAUUCUUCAUAUCCAACUGAGGUAAGUUUCUAUUGGGAUUAUAAAGAUGUAACUUAUGAUGCCGCUACCAAGCUUUAA